AAUAUUAGUUGGUGAAAGUGAAACUUCUAGUUUGUCAGAGCGACAGCAGAGCUACAGUCAAGACAAAUCUGUCUGUUUCUGUUUGUAGAGAAAUUCAACCGAGUUCAAAGAUCUUUCUCAACAACACAGCAGAGACUUUGAGAGUGUGUAGACAUGUCUGCUGCCAGCAACCUGAGAUCUGAAGAUCAGUUUCUGUGCUCCAUCUGUCUGGAUGUGUUCACUGAUCCAGUCACCACACCAUGUGGACACAACUACUGCAAAAACUGCAUCACUGAACACUGGGAUAUUAAUGACAGGUGCCAGUGUCCCAUGUGUAAAGAAAUUUUUACCACAAGACCUCAGUUGAAGGUCAACACUUUCAUCUCUGAGAUGGUUGCUCAGUUCAGACAGGAAGCUCAACAGAAAGCCAGCAGCAGCAGCUCAGAGCAACAAGUUGCCAAACCAGGAGAAGUUUCCUGUGACGUCUGCACUAGAACCAAACUGAAGGCCCUGAAGUCCUGCCUGGUGUGUCUGACCUCCUACUGUGAGACUCACCUGGAGCCUCAUCUGACAGUGUCAGGCCUGAAAAGACAUCAGCUGAUGGACCCUGUGGAGAACCUGGAAGACAGGAUGUGUAUGAAGCACGAUAAACCUCUGGAGCUGUUCUGUAAGACCGACCAGACAUGUGUCUGCAUGCUCUGCUCUGUUUUAGACCACAGGACACAUGAGUUUGUUCCUCUGGAAGAAGAAUAUGAAGGAAAGAAGGCAGAGCUGGAGAAGACAGAGGCUGAAAUUCAGCAGAUGAUCCAGAAGAGACGACUGAAGAUUGAGGAGAUCAAACACUCAGUCAAGAUCAGUAAAGAUGAUGCAGACAGAGAGAAAGCAGAAGGUGUUCAGGUCUUCACUGCUCUGAAGGAGUCUGUUGACAGAGGCCUGAACCAGCUCAUAAAGGAGAUGGAAGAGAAACAGAAAACCACAGAGAAACAGGCUGAAGACUUGAUCACAGAGCUGGAACAGGAAAUCUCUGAGCUGAUGAAGAGAAGCACUGAGGUGGAGCAGCUCUCACUCUCUGAAGACCACCUCCACCUCCUCCAAAACUUCCCAUCCCUGAAAGCUGCUCUACCCACCAAGGACUGGACAGAGGUCAGAGUCCGUCCACCAUCAUAUGAGGGGACUGUGGUGAGAGCUGUGGCUCAGCUGGAGGAGACGCUCAGUAAAGAGAAGAAGAAGCUGAUUGAGGCUGAGCUGAAGAGGGUCCAGCAGUAUGCAGUGGAUGUGACUCUGGAUCCUGAUACAGCACAUCCUGAACUCAUCCUGUCUGAUGAUGAGAAACAAGUGAAACAUGGUGAUGUGAAGAAAAAUCUUCCAGACAACCCAGAGAGAUUUUCUUAUUGUGUUAAUAUUCUAGGAAAGCAAAGUUUCUCUUCAGGCAGAUUUUACUUUGAGGUUCAGGUUAAAGGAAAGACUGACUGGGAUUUAGGAGUGGCCAGAGAGUCGAUCAACAGGAAGGGAACCAUCAAACUGAGCCCUCAGAAUGGUUACUGGACGAUAUGGUUGAGAAAUGGAAAUGAGUACAAAGCUUGUGCUGGUCCUUCAGUCACUCUCUCUCUGAAGUCUGGUCCUGAGAAGGUGGGGGUGUUUGUGGAUUAUGAGGAGGGUCUGGCCUCCUUUUAUGACGUAGAUGCUGCAGCUCUCAUCUACUCCUUUACUGGCUGCUCCUUCACUGAGAAACUCUACCCAUACUUCGGUCCCUGUCCUAAUGAUGGUGGUAAAAACUCUGCUCCUCUGAUCAUCUGUCCUGUCAAUCAAACUGUCUGAUCUUUUUAUGAUGAAACAGUCAACAAUGAAUAAACUUAUUAAAGUCA